CUUUACACGCAGCAAAAAGGAAAAAGUGGAUUCAGGCGAUGCGCCGAAUGAACGUCGACGGGUCUACGUGGACGCCUACAGCCAACUCGCGCGUUUGCAGCGAGCAUUUCAUAUCAGGAGAACCAUCGAGGUUUCCAGACCACCCCGACAACGUCCCAUCUGUGUUCAAGCACAAGCCUGCGAGCCGCCGUGAUGCUGUUGGGCGUUUUGAAAGGUCAAUCAACAGACGAAAUACCAAGCCAGCAAUCGCACAGAACAGCCAGACUUCGAGAAGUAACCCAUCAAUGGUGCCAGCUGUCGCGGAAGAUUCAUCACAAUGCAGCAAUGGCAGCCCAGGGCUGGAACCCGAGGCAGCAUGUCAACUAAUUCAUUAUGACUCCGGGGAACAUGAACAUAUCCAAGCUAGUGAAGUACCUGUGCAUCGUACAACCCCUCUUGAAAGUGGUGCUUCUAAGCAUGAUGAAUGCCAGCCCGACCAGAUGUCUAGCCUUAGAAUAGCUGAACUUGAAGCCCUUUUAGCUAAAGCAGAAGAAAGGAACUUGGCUCUACAGAGAGAUUUAAAAGCAGCACAGCAGCAUACUGACGCCUGGAGAAUGAGCUACUAUGAGCUGAAAGAAACAACACUAUCUCUCUCUAACCUGAAAACAGAAAAAGACAUGCUGUAUUACACAGGCUUACCGAGCAGGCAAGUGUUUAACAACCUCCUUUACUUAAUCGUGCACCAAAAUCAACCCCUCAAGAAACAUGAGGAGAUUAAAACGCACAACACAGAAGAACAGUUGUUCAUGGUGUUGGUACGCCUGCGAACAGGCAUGCCUACGAAAGAAAUUUCUCGAAAUUUCUCUAUCCCAAUGUCGACAUUUCGUCGCCUUUUCUCGGCAUGGAUUCUCAUGCUAGAAAAGCUCCUCACCGAUGUCACAGGCUUUCCGUCCCUCUCUCAUAUACAGUUUAACAUAUCGCACCACUUCAGACGGUAUCCAAACACAAGGAUAAUAUUAGACACAACAGAAAUACGUAUCCAGAAGCCAUCAGGGGUGCAUGCCCAGCGACAAACUUUUUCAAGCUAUAAGCAUGCAAACACAAUGAAAUGCCUAGUGGGAGCCACGCCGGAUUGCUUUGUAAAUUUUGUGUCUGCUCUGUAUGGUGGAGGAACCAGCGACAGGAAGAUUGUACAACAGUCAGGUGUACUCGAUUUGUUGGAGCCAGGCGAUGGUGUGAUGGUGGAUAAGGGCUUUAAAGUUGAAGACCUUCUUCCACAUGGUGUUUCACUUUAUAUGCCUCCCUUUCGCAUUGCUGGCAAAGCUCAAAUGAGUGCAAAGGACGUUGAAGAAACGAGGCAUAUUGCCAUUGCGAGAGUACAUAUAGAGAGAGUUAUUAGGAGAAUAAAUGAGUUCCACAUAUUAGACAAACCAUUUCCUAUAAACAUGCUGAACCUGGCAGAUGCAGUUUUUACAACAUGUGCGUACUUGUCAAACUUUAGAGGUCCGCUGAUAAAUAACGAGAAAGAGAAGGUAGAGGACGAAUAAGUAAAUGUAGCAUACAAUGGUAGCAGUGUGUGGAAUAAGGCAUUUUGCUACGUGCCAGAGAGGAAGUGCUUCCCUUACUUUAUCGGUUAGAUCAGAAUGUCGGGAAGCAGCAUGAUAUGCAAUCGAAUGAGUGUGUUUGGAUACUCGUUAAUACAUUUACAAAAACAUUUUAUCUGUCUUCAUUGCUUUACACCAUAUCCUUCUUUGCCUUGACAUGUCAUUUCUCAAACAUGAAAAUUCUUCUACAUUUGAAUGGACACAUUUCAUCCUUACAAAUGCGCACAAGGAAAACAUAUGCACCUUAUAUUGGAAUUCAAACAUAUAAAUACCCCUAAGUCAUUUUGAAUUAUGCUGUUAAAUAAAGCAAACAUCUUCCAAUUUUCAAUAUUUAGUGUUCACUGCAGUGGUAGUUGAGCACGAACUUUGUAGCAUGCAAACAAGCAGUCUCAACUGUUUAACACUUUCGUCACCACCAAGAAAAUCAAUAGUUUUCGGGUGGUCUAGGAAAACGUUUUUUUCCUGCCACAUGAAAGGCUUGAUGUUAAAGUGUAUAGUACGAAAUUCUUGAAGGAGAAAUUAUCUUUCCAAGGGAACUGAUUUCAAAGAAACCAUGGAAUGCUUGCGACGCUGCGAGGGAGUCAAGCACAGCGACCUGGCGGCGCACUACGUCACAUUUAUGAAAAACAGUUGAACAAAAUUAUCAAAAAAAAAGUUGUAACAAAAAUGAAAGAUUGAUAAAAACAUAAAUGUGCUUUGCAUAAAAGGAACAUAGAAUUCGAAAUAUACAUUUUGAACACACAGGCCCAAAUAUAAG